GAGGAGGAGAAGGAGGAGAAGGAGGGCAGGGAGGUGGGAGAGACGGAGGGAGAGUGUGCACACAGCAGCUGUCGGCAUCCCUGUCUCAGUGACUUCUUUGCUGAUUCACAGAAGCAGCCCCUGCCUCCCAGCUUCCAGCUACCGCCUGCUUCUCAGACCUGCCGGAAUCAGAAGGUGCUUAAUGCUCAAUAGUCAAUCCACUGCCUAUCCUCACCGCCCCCCCCAUGAGUCUUGGUUCUGAUGCAACCUAUGGUCAUGCAGGGAUGCCCUUAUACCUUCCCACGAUGUCAUGAGUGGCGGGCUGCUGACCGCUUCCAUCACAGCAGCAGCCUCCGAAGCACCGUCCUCCAGCCUCAGGUUAGAGCUGCUCUUGCUGCCCCUGCACCUCCUUGGGAUGGUGCUGGGGAUCCCUGCAUAAGUCCAAAGCUGCUGAACGGGUCUAUUGGUGCCAUUGCCCCCCUGGAACCAUCAGCCAUGAAUCUGUGUUGGAAUGAAAUAAAAAAGAAGUCUCACAAUCUCCGCGCUCGCCUAGAGGCCUUCUCAGACCACAGUGGAAAACUCCAGCUCCCGCUCCAAGAGAUUAUUGACUGGCUCAGCCAAAAGGAUGAGGAGUUGUCGGCUCAGCUUCCCCUACAAGGAGAUGUAUCCUUGGUGCAGCAGGAGAAGGAAACACACGCGGCCUUUAUGGAAGAAGUUAAGUCACGGGGCCCUUACAUCUACUCUGUGCUGGAGUCAGCUCAGGCCUUUCUGUCCCAGCACCCAUUUGAGGAACUAGAGGAGCCUAAUUCUGAGAGCAAAGAUACCUCCCCCAGACAGCGGAUCCAGAAUCUUAGCCGCUUUGUAUGGAAGCAGGCAACUGUAGCCAGUGAACUAUGGGAGAAGCUGACAGCCCGUUGUGUGGACCAGCACCGCCAUAUUGAGCACACUCUAGAACAGUUGUUGGAGAUCCAAGCAGCAAUGGAAGAGUUGAGCACUACUUUGACCCAAGCUGAGGGAGUCAGAGCCACAUGGGAGCCCAUUGGGGAUCUGUUCAUUGAUUCACUCCCAGAACACAUCCAAGCUAUUAAGCUGUUCAAAGAAGAAUUCUCCCCUGUGAAGGAUGGAGUGAAGUUGGUGAAUGAUCUGGCCCACCAACUUGCCAUUUCUGAUGUACACUUGUCAAUGGAGAAUUCUCGGGCUCUGGAGCAGAUUAACAUCCGGUGGAAACAACUCCAGGCAUCGGUUGGUGAGAGGCUUAAACAGCUCCAGGAUGCUCACCGAGACUUUGGGCCUGGGUCCCAGCACUUCCUAUCCUCCUCUGUCCAGGUUCCCUGGGAAAGAGCAAUUUCACCUAAUAAAGUUCCUUACUACAUCAAUCACCAGGCUCAGACCACAUGUUGGGACCAUCCCAAGAUGACUGAGUUAUACCAAACCCUAGCUGAUCUGAACAACAUUAAGUUCUCAGCUUACCGCACUGCCAUGAAGCUCCGCAGAGUCCAGAAGGCCCUGCGCUUGGAUCUAGUAACAUUAACUACGGCCCUGGAGAUCUUCAAUGAACAUGAUCUGCAAGCCAGUGAACACGUGAUGGAUGUGGUGGAGGUCAUUCACUGCCUGACUGCCUUAUACGAGCGGCUGGAGGAGGAGAGAGGCAUCCUAGUCAAUGUGCCACUAUGUGUAGACAUGAGUCUCAACUGGCUCCUCAAUGUGUUUGAUAGUGGUCGCAGUGGAAAGAUGCGGGCAUUGUCCUUUAAGACUGGCAUUGCAUGCCUGUGUGGCACAGAAGUGAAGGAAAAACUUCAGUACCUCUUCAGCCAAGUGGCCAACUCUGGCAGCCAGUGUGACCAACGCCACCUUGGUGUCCUGCUUCAUGAGGCCAUUCAGGUGCCCCGUCAGCUGGGUGAAGUAGCAGCCUUUGGGGGAAGCAAUGUGGAGCCCAGUGUCCGAAGUUGCUUUCGUUUUAGCACUGGGAAGCCAGUCAUUGAAGCUUCCCAGUUCCUGGAGUGGGUCAACUUGGAGCCCCAGUCCAUGGUGUGGCUGGCUGUUCUGCAUCGCGUCACCAUUGCUGAGCAAGUGAAGCAUCAAACCAAGUGCUCUAUCUGUAGGCAGUGUCCAAUUAAAGGGUUCAGGUACCGGAGUCUGAAGCAAUUUAAUGUGGAUAUCUGCCAGACCUGCUUCUUGACAGGCCGGGCCAGCAAAGGCAACAAGCUGCAUUACCCCAUCAUGGAAUAUUAUACACCGACCACCUCCAGUGAGAACAUGAGGGACUUUGCUAUAACCUUAAAGAACAAAUUUCGCUCAAAGCAUUAUUUCAGCAAACAUCCUCAGCGAGGUUAUCUGCCUGUGCAAUCGGUGCUGGAGGCUGACUGCAGUGAGACGCCAGCUUCAUCCCCGAUGUUGCCACAUGCUGACACACACUCUCGCAUUGAGCAUUUUGCUAGCAGGCUUGCUGAGAUGGAAAGUCAAAAUUGUUCCUUCUUUAAUGACAGCCUGUCCCCAGAUGACAGCAUAGAUGAGGACCAGUACCUGUUACGACACUCCAGCCCUAUCACAGAUCGGGAGCCAGCCUUUGGACAGCAGGUUCCAUGCAGCAUGGCCACAGAAAGCAAGGGGGAACUAGAGAAAAUCCUGGCCCACUUAGAAGAUGAGAACCGGAUUCUCCAGGGAGAGCUGAGGCGUCUGAAAUGGCAGCAUGAGGAGGCGGCUGAGGCCCCUACCCUGGCUGAGGGUUCCACUGAGGCAGCACAGGACCACAACAAUGAGGAGCUUCUGGCUGAAGCCAGGAUCCUCCGGCAGCACAAGAGCCGCCUGGAGACUCGCAUGCAGAUCCUGGAGGACCACAACAAGCAGCUAGAAUCUCAGCUGCAGCGUUUGAGGGAACUGCUCCUGCAGCCACCCACCGAGUCAGAUGGCAAUGGCUCUGCAGGCUCGUCCCUAGCUUCCUCUCCACAGCAGUCAGAAAGCAGUCACCGCCGGGAGAAGGGACAGACUACUCCAGACACUGAGGCUGCAGAUGAUGUGGGAUCAAAGAGCCAGGAUGUCAGCCUGUGCCUGGAAGACAUCAUGGAGAAGCUCCGCCAUGCCUUCCCCAGUGUACGAAGCUCUGAUGUGACUGCCAACACCUUGAUGGCCUCUUGAUGGAGCAAAAUCCCCAUCCUUAUAGUCCAUAGUCCUUCCCUGGUUCUGGUCAAAUCCUUCCCUCAGCUUUCACCCAACCUUUCCAGUCCCCACUGGUCCUGCAAUAACCAGAGUUAUUUGGGCUCCAGACAGCAACAAGGAUCUGGUUGUAUGUGAGGUGGGUGUGGUGGAGGAGGGGUGGAAGAGAAGGGACAGAGACACAUGAUUCCUCCAACUCUACAAACGUGUCCUUUCUCAAGUUUGAGACCUGUCCCUUACAUUACCUUGCUGUUGCAGCCCAGGUAAAUUGCACUUUUCUCAUUCAGAUGGGGAACAGAGAAAUUGCCUUGCAGAACUAAGCAGUGUACAGUGGCUACUACCUUUUUUCUCCAUGGGAUUAUGGACAGAGAGAGUCCUAAUGGCUCCAGGGCACCAGUAGUAUAAAUCCGUAGAGAUUGGCCCUAGUAAUUCAGAAAAGUGAAAAGGUAUCUCUGAGACUCCCCUCCAUAGUGCCCUGAAGAAGUCUGGGAAGUGUGUGCUUUGUUACUUCAGCUCCAAGGCAUAACCCUAACCCUUAGAAUUCUGCCUCCAUGUUGUUUCCUCCUCCAGUAUUUUCAGUUCCUUCUGCCUUAGUCCCUGGCAGACCUUCUAUGAGGCGGAAACAGUUCAUUCUGGUUUCUAUUUCCACCUUACAUUUGGAAGCAUUAAAGAAAUAUUUGUGGGAUGAGAAUUUUUCCCUGAUCUUCCUCUUUCCUCAAGGCUUCAGCAUUUCAAGAGACCCGUCCUGAGAUUCUCUAGAAACUCAGUCUAACCUAUUUAAGUAUGUCUUCUAGACUUGGGGGAUGGAUCAGUGGCAGCUUGCUCAGCAAGGGGAUCUUCACCCUGGGGUGCCUGACCCUCUAGGCUGUGACCUUUUUCUGUCUUAGUCUAAAUCAGGUGAGGUGGCUGGCGUUACCCCCCAGCUAAUCAUAAGGCAGUUGCAAAUGGCCCUUCUGUCUAGAGAUUUCUUCCUAGGAGCCACUGGUCAUGAAUCAGAAAGCUGGGUGCUUUCUACUCAGAUGACAAGGCCUUCUUGUGAAUAACUUUGGAAAGUGAACCAAUCCUCAAACCGAACUAACUCUUCCUAAGCCACAUAUAUCGUGACUCCUUUAUCCAGCAACUGUUCAAAGUAGAUAGUAGGGGUGAAAGGAUUAGGCUUGGAAACUUGGAACUGAGUCAGAACCCACUUAGGCUGCUUUCUACCAAGAAUUAUUUCCCCAGAGCCCUGCAGUAGACUUAUUUGCCUGAGUUUAUAUACAUACAUAUCUAUUCUACAUAUCUACUGUACAUCAGUGCUCUCUCAGCCUCACUCGCAUAUUAAAUUCUAAUACUGCUUGAAGUAUUAAUGUUCUGCCUUGCUCUUUGUUAGACUCAGCCUCUAGUUGGAAAGAGAGAUUAAUCAUAUUGGCUGUUCCCCUAAAAGGCCUCUGCAUUGUUAUUUGGGCUAAGCUGCCCUCAAGACCAAAGUAACAAGAGCCUUUGGCCACAGGGGAGUUGUAACAGAACAGUCAUUCUGUUUUCUUCACUUAUUCCAAACUUGUCCCCUUUGACACCCAG